UGAUGAAGAAUGAACUGGAAGAAAGAGGAGAGUAUUUGCAGUUGAUGAAAGACGAGGAAGAGGAAAGGAGAAGAACUGCAUAAUGGGAAUUGCUGCAGCUACCAAGGAGAAGAAAAGAAUGGAGUCAAGGACCGGGUGGAAGGGAGGAGAAGAAAAGAAAAGAUGUCUCCACUUUCUUUGUCUCCACCACCAAGAAAAGCUGCCUCCCAAGUAUUAAAGAAAUGAAAAGUUGCUGCAGCUACCAAGGAGAAGAAAAGAAAGGACCGGGUGGAAGGGAGGAGAAGAAAAGAAGAAAAGAAAAGAAAAGAAAAGUUGUCUCCACCCCCAAGAAAAUUAAGCUGCCUAGGAUGAAUAAAUAUAAACUUUGCACACAAGGUGUAGAGAGUUUCACGUGCUUCAGUGGUUGGGGAGCAAGGCUUUUGUAUUGGAAGUUGGAGGUUCGAACCUCGCCCCUCUUUCCGAUUUUGUGUAUAUUUUGCAUAUUAUUGGACUUGCAGGCAAAGUUGGGAAUUUGGGCCUGAAGACCGAACCGGCCCGUUUGGAGUCGGUUUCUAUCAGUUUUUAUUUUCGAAAAAGCCCGAACCGAUUAUUUCGGACUCAGUCUCAGUUUUACCAAAUUUCGGGCCCGGCCCGACCCGAGCCCAGGCUACUUUAUCAAGGACAAAACCCUCUCCCUUUGAGACAAGGACAAAACCCAAUCACGUAUAAAGAAGAGGGCAGAAACAAUUGAAGAAACACUUCGCCGUCUUCAACAUCGAUCGAUUUGGACAAAGAGACCAUCAAUUUGCUUUUGUAGUUUUGUUCUUGUGCAAAGUAGUUGGCUUUUGGGAAGGUUGGCGUGCAAUGGAUAACAAAGAUGAUGAUCACCCUGCAAGACAAUAUGAGCAAUCUCUCUAUACUCCAAGUAUUCCACAGUAUACUCCUUCUCCAAUCUACAUUCCACAACCAUAUCGCCCUGCACAACAAUAUGAACAUCCUCGAUAUUCUCCUUGCUCUCCGUCUUACAUUCCACAACCAUGUCACCCGACACAACAAUAUGAACAUCCUCGAUAUUCUCCUAGCUCUCCAUCCAACAUUCCACAACCAUAUCACCCUACACGACAAUAUGAACACCCUCGGUAUUCUCCUUUCCCUCCAUCGUACUCUCCGUGUUCUCCUUCCUCUCCACCAUACUUUUCACAGCGAUAUCACCCUACAAUACAAUUUGAACUCCCUAGGUAUUCUCCUGGUAGAGAUCCUUCCCCUGGCGGGGGUCAUUUGACCAGUAGUUAUCCACUGUCUUCCUUCAAACCAUCUAGGGAACUCCGAGAAUCCAUUAAAAACCAAACCGAUGUUGCACUGGAAAUCACAAAGCAACUGCUUCUAACUUUAGGCAAGGACAAGAACAUGGUGUACUCCCCAUUGUCCAUCCACAUUGGUCUUGGCAUGAUAUUGACAGGGACAAAGGGUCAUAUCCAGGACCGGUUUCUCUCUUUCCUCAAGUCCAAGUCCAUCAAUGAGCUCAAUGAUCUCUCCUCCAAUGUCUACCCACUGGUCUUUGCCGACGGAUACUCAAAGGGCGGGCCUCGCUUUUCAGUCGCCAAUGGUGUUUGGGUUGAAAAGUCUAUCCAUGUCAAGCCUCGUUUCAAAGAGGUACUGGACACUGCUUACAAGGCAGCAAUGAAUCAAGUCGAUUUUCGAAGAAGGGCAGAGGAAGUGCGAUGUGAAGUGAAUUCAUGGGUAGACAAGGAGACCAAUGGCAGCGAAACAAAGCUCAUCCUUGCGAAUGCCUUAUACUUCAAAGGAGCUUGGAAUGAGAAGUUCUAUGAAUCAAUGACAAAAGAGUUUGAUUUCCAUCUACAGAGUGGGAGCUCAGUUAAGGCACCCUUCAUGACCAGUUCGAAGUACCAGUUUGUAAGUGUCUUUGACAGUUUCAAAGUCUUAAAGCUUCCCUACGAGCAAGGUAAAGAUUAUGGUCGUCGUUUCUCCAUGUGCUUGUUUCUUCCAAAUGCAACUGAUGGACUACAAGCUUUGGUUGAGAGGGUUUGUUCCGAGCCUAUAGAUCGAUAUAUUCCCCACAAAAAUGUUCCACUUCGUAGAUUUUUAAUCCCAAAGUUUAAGAUAUCUGUUGGGUUUGAUCCUAUGGAUGUUCUGAAACCGUUAGGAUUCUCUCUUGAAGAGGGAGAUUUGACAGAGAUGGUGGAGGGUGCGAUUUCUCUCUCCAUGUUCCAGAAAUCUUUCAUUGAAGUUAAUGAAGAAGGCACCGAGGCUGCUGCUGUUUAUAUUGCCUGCGGUCCUGCUUAUUCAUCGGGUGAACCACCCAAACCUCCUCCGAUAGAUUUUGUGGCAGAUCACCCAUUCCUUUAUCUGAUUAGAGAAGAGGUGACUGGAACGGUCAUGUUCAUUGGGCACGUCCUAAACCCCAUUGAAGAAAAAUUCACCUAAUUAAGCUAGCUAGUUUUUGCUAUAAAUUCAGUUAGACAUUUGAGUCUGCUAGGCCUAUUCCCGGUUUUUUUCUUUUGGACAAUCAUUCUCAGUUUACUUAAUAUCAUGAUACGAUUGCAGGCUUUGUAGUUUUUCUUAACAACUGAGGCCGACACUCAUGCUGAGCAAAUUUCCAUGACUGAGCAAAGAAGAGUAAAUCAUUAACUGUACUAUUGGCUUAUUGCCACUCUGAAACCUCAUGUUGCUGUGCAUUUUGAGUUCAUGAAAUCAGCCCUAGCAGAUGCUAAUGCUGAGAGCAUUGUAAAAUCAAAAUCCUUUCAAAGCUAAGCUAAAAAUAAAGCUAAAAAGAGUUCAGACAUUUGUGUCUAAACUCUCUCUUAUUUAUAUUUAUUAGGCAUUGUAGCUUUUGCUUAUACCUUUCAGAAAUGUUUACAUCCUUGACAUAAACGUUUACACCAAAAACGAAGGAUGUAAACGUUUACACCAAGAACGUUUAUAUAUAUACAAAAAGAGUUCGAGAUAAACUUUAUGAUUGAUUCUACUUUUGAACGUUUCCAUCAUUUGAGUUAAACUAUAUAUUAUAUGUACACAAAUAAAAGAGCUUUUUUUUUUUUUUUUGGCAUUAUACAAAUAAAAGAGUUUGGAUAAGCUGUCGCAUACAGGUCCAUACUGACAGUUUGUGGUUCAUUGGUGCUUUGGUAGGCGUUGAGAUAUGCAUAUUUUGAAUUAUGUAACAUGCAUGGACAUUAUGUUACGAUAACCCCCUGUAAGCCAAGAAAUCUGGCUGGUUAUUUCGUCUGUGUCGGUUUGAUUCCUCAUUUUUAAGCCUCCUCCCUUUCACAUCACUCCCUCUCUCACUGUUGGCCUCAUGGCCUGUUGCCUUAUCUCCCCACCGCUUUAGCUUUCAUAUAUAUCCUCAUCUUGAUCCUCACACUAGCUCAUUUUUAUUCGUUUGAUCACACCCAAG